AUGGAGCAGCCGCAGGGCGCGACCGGCUCCUCUCCCCUCUCCUGCGGGAUGCUCUCGGAGGAGCGGCCGGUCGCCGUGCCGUGGGGCUGCAAGCUCAGCGCCGGCGCCAGGAGCUGCGUGGUGGAAGAGGACGAUGACCUCCUGGAGCACCUGGUCCUGCUGAAAACCAUCUGCCUGGGGCCGGACGCCUGGGACGAGCUGCACGUGGUGGCCGUCGAUUCAAAAAACACCUAUGGGGACCACAAACCGGUGCCGAUCGCCGCGCUGCGCCCCUCCGUGCUCCCCAUGAUCAGCCUCAAGGCCCUGGAGCUCGUGCCCCCCGUCACCUUCGUGCUGCAGUGCGGAGCGGGGCCCGUCUACCUCCACGGGCAGCACCUGAUCCUGGAAGACGAUGCCAGGUCUGGAGCCGGCGAGGACGUGCUGGCAGAGGAAGACGCGGGCAGCGAUGACGCUGGCGCAGCGCAGGAUGGAGAGUAG